AUGUUUAUAUCUACACCCACUCGAUUGCUAUUAAUCUUAUUGCUAAAUUUUGUCGUUAUAAACGAGUUGGUCAAGUUGUCGUUGUUCAAGUCAAACAAAGUAUUAGCCACUGCAUCCACUUCGCUCUUGAUUUUCCUAUCCUUAUAUUAUUUAUCAACAUCAGUGUUUAAUUUGAAUUUAACUGAUUCGAAAACUACAUCGUCCUCAGAAACCUGGCAAAAAUAUAUUCCGUUCAACAUCCCCCAGCUAUUGCAUAAAGCUAUGAAUUCAUCAUCACGAUUUGGAAGAACGGGGAUUAAUCGAUUCAAUAGAAGAAAAAGCAAAGAACAGAAAUUUGCAAUCGCUAAUGGUGGUGAGGUUGGAGGUAUUAGCAAUGACGGAAAUACUUGUUUUAUGAAUUCAGUUAUACAAUCAUUUGCGUCAUCGCGACAAUUUAUGAAAUUUAUUGACUCGUAUCUUUAUUCCGAAAUUGAAAUUGAUACAAAUGGCCAAGGGGAGAAGAUUUGCAUGAAAUCCAACCAACCAAAGCCGGAAUUACCAUUCACCACAGCAUUGAAGAAACUAUUGGAUAGUGUUAACGGUAAAUAUGGCUCGAGAGGUAAAGAAUUCUCGACAAAGCCGCUCUUGAAUAAGAUGCCCAAUGGUCCAAGACAAAACUUUUUCAGUGGGUAUAAUCAAGAAGAUGCCCAGGAGUUUUACCAAUUGAUUAUGAAUAUUUUGGAAAAGGAAUUUAAAAAGAUUAGCCAGAGUAGAUUGCCUACGCCCGAGCCAGAAGGUGAGAACAAGGAAGAACACAAGUUUCAAGAUGCUCGCAAUUUGAAGGAGAUCAUUUCUGGGUGCAACAAGUUGGGUAAAUUGGGCGUUGUCUAUGUCCCAGCAGCGCAAGUUGAUCCUAAUUUAGCCGAUGCAGAACACAAGGUUAUGCCAUUAGAACUUAUUACGCCUGUUGAUGGAAUCUCUUGUGAACGUAUUGGCUGUUUGACAUGUGGUGAAGUUGGUGGUAUACGGUACGCCGUGACUAGUGGAUUAAGUUUGAACUUGCCGCAGAACCAAUCAUAUUAUUCUAGUUUUAAAUUGUCUCAAUUGUUGAAUGAAUGGAUCACACCGGAGAUUAUUGAUGAUGUCAAUUGUAAUCGAUGUGGGUUGUUGCAAACACAGAAGUUUCUCCUUGGUACCAUCGAUGAACUUGAAAAGAAGGAGAAUGAUAAUACGAAAUUGAUUGUCCAGAUUAAAACCAGAUUACAAGCUAUCGAGUUAGAGCUAGCUAAACAUCAAGUCACCGAUGAAGCAUUUGAAAAAUUGACGGUAAAGAAACAAAUUAAAAAGAGUAGGAAAUCGAAGCAAAUCUUUUUGGACAGACCACCACCUUUGCUUAGUAUACAUAUUAAUCGAUCUCAAUUUGAUCCUAAAACGUACAUGGUUGUUAAAAAUCCAAACAAUGUCACAUUCCCCGCGGUGUUGGACUUGUCUCCAUACAUUGUUGAACCCAAUCAGAUAAAUAUGGAUGCGAGAUUGCCAUUUAGAAAACAGGAUGAGCAUUUAAAGUAUCCCAAUGGGGACAUGGAUGAUGUACUGAUUAGUGGAGGAGAUCGCUUUGGCAAAGGAGAUAGCGAAAGUUUAUCUCCACCUUCGACUUCAGCUGAGACAUCCGUGCCUAGUGAUGGGCUUGUGUCUCCUAAUGGUACAGCUGUAACAACGGCUGAGCAACAACCCAAUCCGAAGUUGUUGUAUAAUUUAAAGGCGGUAAUUGUUCAUUUUGGUACCCAUAAUUAUGGUCAUUAUAUUUGCUACAGAAAGUUGAGAGGAACUUGGUGGAGAAUCAGUGACGAAUCGAUCUAUGUUGUCACUGAAGCUGAGGUUCUUGGCGGACAAGGCACAUUUAUGUUGUUUUAUGAAUAUAAUGAUGGAUAUGUUGAGGUUUUGCAAGAUGUAUCUGACGAUGAGGAAGAGGAAACCAAUGGGACAAUUAACGGCGGUGUUGUAAAUCAGACUCAACCUGUUUCAAGUCCAGAAGAAGGAGCAAAGGAGAGUGAUAGUGAUAGUGGUAUUGAUAGUGAUGAAGAGGUGAGUGGCUCUGACAAUAGUGAUUCCAAAUCUGCAGAACCAACCUUGGGCAAUAUAGUGGAGACUGAACACCAUGAAGAUGUUGGCAAGUUGACAACAUCAGCAGCAUCACUUUCUUCGGAUGUGUCUAUGCGUGAUGAUGAUGAGGAUGAUGGGUCAAAAGAUGACCAAGGUUUCAAUGUAGCCGAAGCACAAGUGCAUUUAUAG